CCCAAAGUACAGAGAUUGCCUUAGAUGUUCUAUUUCAGGACUUGAGCUGCAUUUAAUAUUUGUUCACGUAUAAUUUUUCUAUAUUGUGAGCAAGUAUAUUAAUGGAACUAUCUCUUCAUUUUGAAGAGUUUCUUUUGUACAAAGUGUUUUUUUUUUUUUGUGUGUGUGUUUCUUAUACUUGGUCACUCUUGUUAAAAGGGACCAAAAUGCACGUAUGUGUGCACAUGUAAAUAUCAUUAGUUGAUUGCUUAUUAAGCUGUUGACUUAAAAGAAAACAUUGUUAACGCUUUAUUAAUCUUUUGUUUUUACAUUUUGAAGAUAAUUUUUGUCAGAAAAACCUAAGAGGCAAAAACAUAGCCUCGAAGGAACAUCUGACUAAACAAAAGCAAAGAAAAUAAAAAUAAACAAUAAUGGCUACCGCCAGAACAGAAAAUGUUGACCCGCCUGCCAUGGGACUGAACAAGCAGAACGGGCAGCUCAGAGGACAGACCAAACCAGCUUCAGUCCAGCCAGGAUCCUCAACUCAACCAAAAGUGUUGGGUGCCACCCAGAAAGCAGGUACUGCCUCCCAAGCAAGAGGUACCAUUAAGUUUGGAGACGACUGGAAAAAGAGCCUCCAGCUCCCUCCGAAAGACACCAGGGUCAAAACUUCAGAUGUGACAGCAACUAAGGGGAAUGAAUUUGAAGAUUAUUGUCUCAAAAGAGAACUUCUGAUGGGCAUUUUCGAGAUGGGCUGGGAGAAGCCAUCUCCUGUGCAGGAGGAGAGUAUUCCCAUUGCGCUGUCUGGAAGGGAUAUUUUGGCUCGGGCAAAGAAUGGAACAGGAAAAAGUGGAGCCUAUCUCAUCCCAUUGCUGGAAAGGAUAGACCUUAAAAAGGACUAUAUACAAGCAAUGGUAGUGGUGCCAACUCGAGAGUUGGCGCUGCAGGUGAGCCAGAUCUGCAUUCAAAUCAGCAAACACCUCGGAGGAGUCAAAGUCAUGGCCACCACCGGGGGAACCAACCUACGAGAUGACAUCAUGCGCCUGGAUGAGAUCGUGCAUGUCAUCGUUGCCACGCCUGGCAGGAUUCUGGAUUUGAUCCAGAAAGGAGUGGCAAGAGUGGAUCGAGUGCAGAUGAUGGUGAUGGAUGAAGCUGACAAGCUGCUGUCUCAGGAUUUUGUGGUGCUCAUCGAAGAUAUCAUUAGCUUCCUGGCCAAGAAUAGGCAGAUCCUGCUCUACUCUGCAACCUUCCCCAUCAGUGUGCAAAAAUUCAUGACCAACUACCUGCAGAAACCGUAUGAGAUCAACCUGAUGGAGGAGCUGACGCUGAAGGGGAUUACUCAGUAUUACGCCUACGUCACAGAGAGACAGAAAGUGCAUUGUCUCAACACACUCUUCUCCAGGCUCCAGAUCAACCAGUCGAUCAUCUUCUGCAACUCCACGCAGAGGGUGGAGCUCUUAGCUAAGAAGAUCACGCAGCUGGGCUACUCCUGCUUCUACAUCCACGCUAAGAUGAUGCAGGAAUAUAGAAACCGUGUGUUCCAUGACUUCAGAAACGGACUGUGCAGGAACCUGGUCUGUACCGAUCUCUUCACUCGGGGUAUCGACAUUCAGGCCGUGAACGUGGUCAUCAACUUUGACUUUCCAAAGAAUGCAGAGACGUACCUCCAUCGUAUUGGAAGAUCAGGGAGGUUCGGUCAUUUCGGUUUGGCCAUUAACCUGAUCACAUCGGAAGACCGCUUCAACCUUAAGACCAUCGAGGACCAACUGGUGACCGACAUCAAACCCAUUCCCGGCAGCAUCGAUAAGGGUCUCUAUGUGGCCGAGUUCCACUCCUCCGCCGGUGACUGCGAAGUGGAGGAAGUCCAAGAAAGAUCAGGACACCAGCAGGACCACACCUAAUGCUGGACACAGCAGGCUUUUGCACACAGGCUUCGGGCACCUCUUCAACAUCUCACUUAUUUUCACAGCCGCCACAAAA